AUGACCAUUGCACUUCGAGGGAUCGUGGCCGUCUUUCGGAAAGCCGACCGUGCUUCAGACGUGCAUCGGAGGGCUCUGGGAUUUUCGAUUUCGCAUGAUGACCAGGAUGCCCGUAUCUAUGCUCACUAUCCUGAGGUCGAGCGUGAGAACACGUUGUACUUCCGCGAUACGAUCAAAGUCCUCAAUUUCGGGGAUGAAAAGGGCCAACACAGAUGGCUAUGUUAUCAGUUUACUCUUAACGUUUGCCAGAUUUUCGCUCCGGCUCUGCUCAAGCGACUCACCGCCGUGAUCGAUGAGCUGCCUGAUCCACUUACACGGACGCUGGAGCCGGCAAAUAUCGAUGACCUUAGCGUACAAAGCUCUCAGGAAGAUAGCAGUGCGCCGAAUCCCAGGAUGAGGUUUUCCCCAAACCACGGCGAGGUGGGGGCUUGA